CUGGGCUGAGCGGCGCGGCGCGGCUCGGCGCGGGGGGAGGGGGCGGCGGCGACGCGGAGCCGGAGCUGGAGCUGGAGCGCUGGGCGGCCGCCGCCGGUGCUGCUGUUGCUGCUGUUGCUUCCCGCCGAGGAGGACGGCGGCGGCGGCCACAGCCCCCAGCCCCGGCGCGGACCCAGCUCCUCGCCCGCCUCCCCCAGCGGCGCGGCGGCGGCGGGAGGCUCGGCGGCGGCGCCCCCUCCUGCCCUGCUGCCGGGCGGGGCCAGGUUUAUGCUUCAAAGACAGCUGUGCUGACAGGUCUUGAGGAUGUGAAGAGGUGUGAUCCCUGACUGACCUAGUGCUUCCCAUCACCACAAGAUGAUGCAAUGCCACAUCACCACAUUACUUUGAGACCUGUGACCAAGACCACCAGAACUGAAGAUGCUGGGACAGAAGAGAUGAGUACUCCUUUCACUAAGACCUAGAACUGCCUGUUGAACAAACAGUCCCGACCAGGCAAUAUACGAAUGGCCCAAGGAAGCCAACAAAUUGAUUUUCAGGUUUUACAUGACCUGCGACAAAAAUUUCCUGAGGUACCUGAAGUUGUUGUGUCCAGAUGCAUGUUACAGAAUAACAACAACUUGGAUGCUUGUUGUGCAGUUCUUUCUCAAGAGAGCACAAAGUAUCUCUACGGUGAAGGAGACCUAGGUUUUUCGGAUGAUUCUGGGAUUCCUGGACUACGAAAUCACAUGACAUCUCUUAAUUUGGAUUUACAGUCGCAGAAUGUGUAUCACCAUGGAAGAGAAGGAAGUAGAAUGAAUGGGAGUAGGACUCUAGCUCACAGCAUUAGUGAUGGACACCUUCAAGCCAGUCAGCCCAACAACGAACUGUUUCAGCAGGAACCACAGACAGCACCAGCUCAAAUUCCACCAGGAUUUAACGUCUUUGGAAUGCCUAAUACAGUUAGUACUGCUAAUCCAGGGCAACACCUUGGAUUUCACAUAGGCAGCAAAGGAGCUUCUAACCUGUCUCAGCAAGCACCCAGGUUCAACCCCAUUAUGGUAACUUUAGCCCCAAAUAUUCAGCCUGGUCGCAAUACCCCUACAUCUUUGCACAUACAUGGUGUACCUCCCCCUGUACUUAACAGUCCGCAGGGAAAUUCAAUCUAUAUUAGGCCUUAUAUCACAGCUCCUAGUGGUACAGCUCGACAGACACAGCAGCAGCCAGGCUGGAUUUCUCAGUUUAACCCUAUGCAUCCUCAGCAAGUCUACCAGCCUUCGCAACCAAGUCCCUGGACUACUCUUCCUACAUCCAAUCUUCCACCACAUACCUCAUCACAACAAUCAGCGCAUCCAAACCAGCAAGGCCACCAGACCUCUCAUGUCUAUAUGCCUAUCAGUUCUCCUACUACUCCGCAAGCACCUACAAUUCAUUCAUCUGGUAGCUCACAGUCUUCUGCCCAUAGCCAAUACAAUAUUCAGAAUAUUUCAACCGGACCUCGUAAAAACCAAAUUGAAAUCAAACUUGAACCACCACAAAGAAACAAUUCUUCUAAGCUGCGCUCAACUGGCCCUCGCACCUCCACUACUCCCUCUUCCCUUAACAGCCAGACAUUAAGUAGAAGUCAACCCACUGUUUACAUAGCGGCCAGUCCACCAAGUACUGAUGAAGUGAUCGCACGUAGUCAACCUAAGGUCUACAUUUCAGCAAAUGCCACAACAGGAGAUGAGCAAGGUGUGCGGAACCAACCCACGCUGUUCAUAUCAACAAAUCCUGGAGUAUCUACCACCUCUAGGAAUAUGUCUGGUCAAGUAAGCAUGGGUCCUGCAUUUAUUCAUCACCAUCCACCCAAGAGUCGAGCAGUGGGCAACAGCACCACUGCCACCUCUCCUCGAGUGGUGGUUACACAGCCUAAUACAAAAUAUACUUUUAAAAUUACGGUUUCUCCAAAUAAACCCCCUGCGGUUUCACCAGGGGUAGUGUCCCCAACCUUUGAACCUACAAACCUUCUAAACCUUCCAGAUCAUUAUGCUGAACCAGAAGGUAUCCAGCAUCUUACUGACCCUGUUUUAGCACAUGUGGAUAGGAUCAGUGAUACACGGAAAUUGAGUAUGGGAUCUGAUGAUGCUGCCUACACGCAAGCUUUACUGAUACACCAGAAGGCCAGGAUGGAACGACUUCAACGAGAACUCGAGAUUCAAAAGAAAAAGCUGGAUAAACUAAAAACAGAAGUUAAUGAAAUGGAGAAUAAUUUAACACGAAGGCGCCCGGAAAGAUCGAAUUCUGUUUCGCAAAUUCCUUCUCUGGAAGAGAUGCAACAGUUAAGAAGUUGUAACAGACAACUGCAGAUAGACAUAGAUUGUCUAACCAAAGAAAUUGAUCUUUUUCAAGCAAGAGGACCACAUUUUAAUCCCAGCGCUAUUCAUAAUUUUUAUGACAAUAUUGGAUUUUUAGGUCCUGUGCCACCAAAACCCAAAGAUCAAAGGUCCAUUGUGAAAACACCAAAGACUGCUCCAGACACAGACGAAGAUGAGGGAGCUCAGUGGAGUUGUACUGCCUGUACAUUUUUAAAUCAUCCGGCCUUAAUCCGUUGUGAACAGUGUGAAAUGCCCAGGCAUUUCUGAGCCAGCAGGCCCAUUAUCUUCUGUAAAACCAUAACAAACCUGCAAGGGACUGUUCAGUCAUUGGAGAAAAAAAUCAUUUAUGCAUAGGAUUUUGUAAAAUUGAAGGUGUGACAAGAUGGUGUUUUGCUAAUGUUAAUUAUCAGCCCACAGAGCUAAUGAUACCUCAGUGUUGUGUCGCAGGCAGUUGAAAUUCAUCAGCUGAAAGGUAAUCUGCUGAAGGACUUGGUUGCCAGCUGCCUAAACCUUGUACAGUAUUACCAUUACCCCAGUCUCACCGUGUUCAGUGCUUGGGUGUUCCCCAUCCCCCCCCCCCCCCUCUCUCUCUCUCCCCCCAACCCCCCAAUGUCACUACUGAAUUUUGACAGGGGAAAGGAAUAGAAUGUUAACAUUUUUGUUUUUGGAGCUUUCAUUGAAACACUACAUACACGGAGGAAAUUAAGAUGAUCAAGGUUUAAUUAUUUAAACUAUUUGCUGCCACAUAGUGCCUUUAAGUAGGGGAAGAACUUCACAAAUCAGUGGUACUCUUUGCCCUGUCUUCCCUGGAAAUGUCUCUGCUCUGUGAAGCCAAAAUCAGUACAAUCCUGUCUAAAAAAGAAAAGGAAAAAUUGCAUGCCUUGUCUGUACAAUACACACCGUGAAAUAUCCCAAAGCUUUUCCUACUGUACAUAGCUCUAGAGCCUGCUUUAAGUGAUUUCUUUUCUUCACCUUUAUUAUUUUCUUGUACUUCUGUAUGUAUAGUGUAAUAGUCUUUUUUUUGUUAACUCUUUUUCCCUUUAAGUGAUUAAGCACGAUCAUGUCCCUUUUUUUAAGCUUUUAUCCAAGAGAAGCAAUGCCUUAAAGUAAGAGCAUUAAUAAGAAACUAUGCACAAAAUAGCUUUCCUCUGCUCAUUCUGUACAUUGCUGUUGUAAAUGCUGAUGAUCUGUGAAGACCUGCAGAUGCAGUGUGGUAAAAAUGCAGGAAAAGUUGGAAGUUAACAUAUAGUUCACUCUGUACACUGAGUUUUACGGUGGGUGACACUAGGUAAUGUUUUGUCUGGCACGAGGAAACUCAAACUAAGGAACUUUCGACCUACCAAUGGAUCAGCAUCCGAUUUAAGCUUGCUUCAUCUGCUGGUAUCUUGCAGACUCUUGAAGAGAGAUUUAUUGGGGAAGUACAUCCAGUGCUAAAAUCAGCAGCAUCAGCAGCAUCAUACAACUUCAUUCAAGAACUUUAAAUGCUUUCCUGUCUUGGCAGCCAGUUUCUAAACCUGACUUGGUGGAGAAGUCUUGUAUUUAUCGAAACAAAGGAUAGCAAUAUUUAGGACAACUGAAAUAAAGGCUGGAAAAGAGAAAUCAAGCAGACUUGAACACUGAAGCAACCUCAAGCAUCUCUAUAUUUUGAUGAUCUGUUUCUUAAAGGAAAAUGUUCACAUGAUGGAAUGUAUGCAACUGAAAUCAAGAAAUGGAAUUACAGUAUGCUUAAAAGCAUGUAAAGAAUUAUGUAGCAACACUUAGGCUGGAGGGAAUGCUAAAAAUGUAGCAAAAGGCAAGAGACAAAGUAGACUGUCACCCACUGUAAACAUUUGCCAGUGGACAUUUUUUUUUUAAAUAGGAAUUUUACAAGUGAUCUAUGUGAAUGCACAGAGGCCUUUGUUUUGAAGGCUUUGCAUUUUUUAUAUGGGAAGACAAUGUCAAUCCCAGGUUAAUUAGGCAGUAGACUCAAAGCACUUGCAUUUAAUGCAUUUUGUGUAUAAAAAUGGGGCCUUGUUUUUCAGCUUCAUCUGCAGUUCUAUGUGAAGAUUGACAAAUCAGUUUUUACCUGUUUUAUUAAUAAAACCUAAUUUGGAUAUCUUGA